UCUGGGGCUGGCAUAACGGCUCGUACCUACGUGGGAGCUCAUGCUGUGCAACAUUGACGGGUUUGGCCAGGGUUGUGAAUGGUAGGUCUGUGCUGGGGUAUCCCUCCCUCCCAUGGGCAUGGAUCACGAACAUGGGACUCGCCUCCGAAUGUCCCGCCUACUGUCCGAGUAUACAGCGUUUGCACAAGCAAACACCGAUGGCCGUCUGUUGGCGAGAUGCCGCUGCAAUGCGAGGCAGACUGCGUGCGUGCAUCGAAUAGCACUAGCACACGAAGCCACGGAGCACGACAGCAUUGAAUUACUUGAUGAUGCCGUGCUGUCCCGCGGAUGUUCCCUCAUCAAGACAAAGGUAACGGCCGAGGGGCCAUCAGCCGUUUGUUACGCGCAUCCGGUUCGUACCCUUUGCCUGUGCCAGUUAGGCUUUACCGGCUCCCGCGUUGGACAAUACCCGCUCUGCAAGGUGCUGCUGCAUUCCGCCGAGGGAGUUGAGCUGGGAAUGAUUCCAGGCUGCGACAUCUGGCCCAGCCUCCACAAGGCGGUUGCGCGGUUAAUGUUCAGUGCCUGGACGGGAAAUAAAACUCCGCAAGGCCAAGGGACAGGUAUGGAGUAGCCGAGCUGAACUGUACGAUGGACGGGGUACGAGUACAACCGUUUCCUCUCCUCGUACAGAAUCACAAGUAAACUGAGUGGUGAUGCAUCUUUCAAGAGAAGAGCACUAUCCAUGUACUGCACACGAUGCACUCAAACUUCAGCCCUUUUUUCGGUUUGCUCUCAAUUUUCUUCCAUCCUCUUUGCCCACCCCC